GUUAUCGUGACGACAAGUGGGUUGCUUGGAAAGCUUGAUGCAGUGAGCAACUGUGACGAUUGUUAUUUCUGGAUAUUUCCAGGCGAAAUAUCGGGCGCGGUAGUAGGAGUGUUAGUUAGCAUUAUUUUGCAGAGAGAUCUGAAAGAUAUAAAAUUGGUGGAUUGUCUUCGUUUUUAAACUGUCAACGCAUUCUGUCAACCAGAUGACCACGUGGCAGCAAAAUCCUCCACCGCCAGGCUUCUACCCAGGACAGCAAGAUCAACGAGGUUACUACGGAGGUCAGCCAGGAUAUCCUACACAGCCAGGUUACCCCACAGGGCCAAACCAGAGUUACCUUCCUCCGUACACGCCCUCUCCAGGGUUUGUAGCUCCACCACCAACAGCUCCUCCAUACGGACAGGUUCCAUUGGGCGCUGGACAGCCAUACGGCACCACAAACCAGGAAGCCAUGUAUGGCACAUCAUAUGUUCAGGAUGAUCCUAUCACAGGAAGGGUCGAGAACUUCGAGUUCUCUGACAAGAGCAUCCGACGAGGGUUCAUAAGGAAAGUUUAUGGAAUUCUGAUGGUGCAGCUUUUGAUCACAGUAUCAUUCAUUGCGUGGUUUACGUACCACGAGCCCACCAAGCACUACAUACGAGAACACCAGGGCAUCUGGUGGGGAGCAUUUGCAGUAAUGAUUGUAUGCCUUAUCACAAUGGCCUGCUGCGGUGAUGUACGACGUAAGGCACCCAUGAACUUCGUCUUCUUGUUUCUCUUUACGUUGGCUGAAGGGUUUAUGCUCGGUGUUGCGGCAUCUACAUAUGAAACUGAUGCGGUCCUGAUGGCUGUUGGUCUGUGUGCCGCAGUUUGUUUCGGUCUGACCAUGUUUGCAUUCCAGACGAAGUGGGACUUCACAGUCAUGGGCGGCGCUCUGUUCGUUGCCCUUAUCAUUCUGGUUAUCUUUGGUAUUGUGGCAAUCUUCAUCCCUGGAAAGACAAUGACCCUGAUCUAUGCUUCAUGCGGUGCACUGCUAUUCUCGCUGUAUCUGAUAUAUGAUACACAACUCAUGAUGGGUGGGAAGCACAAGUAUUCCAUCUCACCAGAAGAAUACAUUUUCGCUGCUCUCAACCUCUAUCUAGACAUUGUCAACAUUUUCCUGUAUAUACUUACCAUCAUCGGAGCAUCCCGAGAUUAGUAUGUUUUUCCGACUUCGUCGUUUUGCACUUCUAGCUAACUUGGCAUUGUAGCGCAUUAUAUUACAGUCAUGUCAAAACAGGAGAUUUUGUGGGAGAUUUGCCUGUUGUCUUUCAUAAAAUCCAUGGCAUUUCAAUAUUCUGAAUUUCAACCUAACUUUAGUAACAAGGGAUGUUGCAAUGAGUUAGGUGUAGUAUGUUAUGAUAGUAAUUAUGUUCAAAAUAUUUCAAAAACGUGUAGAAUUGUCUUGCUCAUUUAGUUGAAUUGUUUUUGUAGUUGAAUGUUUAAUGUCACUGAAGUUCCAUAGUUUGUCUGUGUAACUCUGUAUGCUUAAGAUCCACUGAAUAAUAUAUCAUGAUUUAUUUAGCUUGGUCUAUAAAAGAAGUGCAGAUUGUUUCUGAUUGGACCAACACGGAAACUUCAUGAUCUGGCGUCACACAUGGUGUUUCAGUUGCUGCAAGAAUGUUUACAAUUUACAAUUUACAGUAUAACCAAUGCUAAUAUUUAAGAUUUAACUGUAGAUUCUUGAUUUGGAUUUCAUGGAAGGGGGAGACGUUACUUCACUGCUCUGCCGUGUGGUUCCUGCACUUGUAUCAGACAAAGAAUGAACAUACAGGGGGGGGGGGAGAUGCAUGUUGGCACCUGCUGGUGCUUUAUUGGGUUAUUACACACUGUUACAACAUGCUGACUUUUUUUUGUUUCAUAGUAGUGAUGGCAUGCCCACUAAAAUUGUCAUCCGACUCAUUUUGCAGGAACAAGUUCACUUGGUAAUGAGUAGGCUGGCCUGUGCGACCCGUUUACAGAAAACUGUAAAAGGCAUAGGAAUAGGGGAGGCGUGGGAGAGGUAUUUUACAGGUCAUCAAUAUAUAAGUAUGGGCACUUUCUUUCUCUCUCUUCUAUAAAUACAAAAGGAACACUCACACAUGCUCACUGUCCCAACACAGCAAGCCUCCUCACCACUGACUCAGGUGUACCCCCCUGCAUCCGGAGUAUGAAACCAUUUACUUCAGUAUUAUUCCUUCUUGGAAUUGUUAUUGUGAUAGACUUCAGUAAGAUAUUGUAAUGUGUUUGGAGUAAGUACUUCCAUGGUAACGCAAUAACAGUGGGCCGUGGCAUAGAGAAUGCCGAAAAAACAACGCAUUUCCCCGGAGAUGGACAACAGAGGGUUUGUUGCAUGACAACAGAAAACUGAACUGUGUGAGAUGGUGUCUGGUAUCCGGUCUGCAUAAGGUCUAUAUAAGGUGGUUGAAUGCAUCUGCCGACAGUUGAGAUCCAGCCACGGCCAAGGAGAGUUGAGGUGUCGCACCCGCAGUAGAAGCAUUGAAGUAGAGGCAGCAGUUGUGACACUGCAAGUGAGAGUAAUUGUAUUCCUGACUCUGAGUAAAUGUGGAUGAAUGAGUUCAAUAAAUAAUCGUUGAAUCCGAAGGCUAUGUGAAUUUUUCAUGCUGCAUACCCAACAUGUGACAAUAUAAUAAAUUUAUAGUCAAUAUUAUAAUUAAUGUAUUAAUAAAAUAAAAUGAUAUGUCAAUGUGGAAUUUUGUAACAGACCUGGCCGAAAUAUAGUGACAGUUGCAGGCAGUGGGGAAGGCAGGGCAGAAGCUGUGUUAAUUCUUUUCCUGACCCAACUGUAGUUCUGUUUACAGUGAACUAAGUGGAAAUUCUUUGAUAAGGCGCUCAUUGCACUGAAGAAGACUCGUAUGCUGUGUGAGACAGUUUGGUGAUCCACAGUAAUUCCCCCUUUUGAGAUUUCCUUUCGGGACAGUUGAUUUGUUCACUGUAUUUAGGAAAACCACAACCAAAAUUAUUGACUAAGGAAUUGUUGGAACCAAGCCUUGUAUGAGGGAAUUGUUUGAAUUGAGGAAUGUUAAUCCCUUGAAGCCUUCAUUUCCAAACAUAAUGCUACUCACAGAACUUGUCAGCAGCUGGUACAGGGCUGUUGGCAUUCUUAUUAUAAUACGCGUAGUUCCUGAUAGCACCUGUACUUUUAUUGAGACUGUCACCUGCACAAGAUACUUUUUACAUCAUCAGAUUUGAUUUGAAACUGAAGACUUUUUCACAACAAUGUUUGUGCUACAGUGAGCUGUACUUGGUGUUAGGCCCCACAGAUUUAAAUCGGAGUUCUGUUAUAAUUCCUCUUUAAUGAACAUAUUGUAACAUGUGAAUCUCCAUCAGAAUGACUGCUUGUGCUCGCAUGGCUGUUCCCCUUUUGUAGUUCUUAAAAUAAUGCAUGUUAGUUACCAAAUGUAAUUAAGAGUCAGAGUUUCCUAAAUUUAUGUGUAUGUAAUAUAUUGAGCAUAGAAUGCAAGGUGAAGCAGUAUUUUGAGUUAUUCAUUGUGUGUUGUACAUUAAGAUUUUGUUCUGCAUAGUGAUAUAACUUGAAUAAAAGACAGCCCCCAGAAUUGUUUUGUGAUGGGUGCAGAUCAUUCUUAAGAGAUGAAUAAUAAAACUUCCUAACUUAGUCUUUUGUUAUUAUGAAAGUUGCCAUGUGUGUGUGAGUAAUAAUGUUUAGUUCAGAGUAUUAAUUGUGUUUGUAUAUAUUGAUAUUGUACUGUCUUUUCACCUGUAUCAUAUAUGGUAAGAAAAAAUUCAAGAUGAGAUUGAAGUUGUGACCUGAACUUUAAAGAUGUCCCAUUUGUUAACCCUUUUCAUGUUACAGACGUAAAUCAACACACCAUUCAAAACAUUUAUUAUUAUUAUAAAUUAGUUGAAAAGAUAUAUCACAGGAAGGGUUAAUAUAAAAAUGGGUAAGUAAAUAAUGAAUCAAGUAGCUUAUAUGUUAUUUAAUUGGAUUGCUACUAAUUAUAGCCAUCAGAUGGCUGUUGAGAAUUGCUUAUUUUGUACUGCCAUCAGAGUGGCUUUGGGUACCAAAUCACAAAACACAGACCUUUUUAUUAAGUUCAUAAAAAAAUUUCACUACAUUAGUAAUUCUUACAGUUCUCUAUAUGAACUUGUGUUUUUCUUUUGCUGUUGACUGUGUGUAUAUAUAUAUAUAUAUAUAUAUAUGUGUGUAAUUAAGUGUAAUAAUGUAAGAUUACACAGAGUUUAACAUAAUUCUACAUCAUACCAAGAACAGUCAUAAAACACAUUGUUUUCAGUAAUUGCUAAACCAAAGGUUGUGUAUAUACAGGUGUGCUGGAUAUUUAAUUUUUUCCUCAAACCCCCCCCACAGAAAGGAGAUUUUUACUUCUUUAUAGUCUUCAGAAAGAUCAAGACAAUAUCUGUUGGGCAG